ACUCUUUCGGAGGCACUAAAUAUUCGGUGUAAAUACCAAAAUUACCUAUUCAUCAACCAAUCUGCUCAUCUGGUGAAUCAGACGGUCCAAUGAGCGAAUCUAGUAGUAGAUAGAGAAUAUCCAUAGCAAAUACGCAGUAACGUCAUCUUUUCUGUUGGUUUUAAAAAUUUCGAAUGUAGAAGCCGCCAGUAUAACCAUAACAAUCGAGCGAAAGUAAGGUUAAUCGGUCAUCACAAACUUCAAAUUUAUGAUAACACACAACGUAAAAACCAAUGUGAAACUAAAUUAAGUUACCUGAAAUUUCGCUAAUGCAUAUUUAACGUAUAAGUAUUUAUUCCACAUUGACAGUUGAAUUUUCGACAUGCAUUGUCAAAUGUAUGAUGUUGAAGAGGAAUUUGAACCAAGAGUUACACCAAAACCAACAACAAAACUCGAUCAUUUUGCUGUUCCAAGUGUGCCAGAGGUAUCAUUAAUCUUUGAGAAACCUACACAAGCAAGAAAUCUGAAUGAUGGAGAUAUUAGUUCAUCGUCAGCAAGAAUAGCGAGACCAGUGCAACGUUUUGACAAGUCUAUAGAACAUAAUCACAUUAAUAUCAUAUCACCAAAUUCGGGAAAUCGUAACUUGCAUACAGUUAAUCCCACAUCACCAAAUUCAGGCAAUCAUGACUCCUAUACUGCAUGGAAGGAAAAAGUAUACUCCAGGGAGAAUAACUAUGUAAAUACAGCACGUGUUUCAUCACCAUGUAAAAAUGUUUAUACCUAUAAUCGUGCACUUCAGACUAAUGUACAAGAUGAUACUGUGCAAAAGCAACAGGAGCAAAGUAAAAACUGUGAUACUCAGAACAGACUAAUAAAUUUAAGACCUAAUGAUAGAAUACAUGAAAAGAAUGUGAAAUUUAGAUGUUCUAAUACAGAGAAUUCUCCUCCACGCCACGUACGUGAGACUGAAUUGCUAUCUUCUGACAAAAGACAGUUGCUAUCUUGCAAUCCUCUGCAAGGAGCAACACAUUUGACUGAUUCUGCUAUGAUAAUGCCUAGCAACGCUUUUGUGGGUGCUUUAAAACAGAAUGAACAUCUACAAAUGCCAUAUCCGCCAUGCCCAUAUCCUUUUCAGCAAUUUUAUACACCUAGCUACUCAAAUCGCGAUAUUGAUAAUAAUGAGACAGUGAAGACUUUGUUGCAGCUUGUGAAUAAUCAGAACGAACAGAUCAAAACUUUGCAGUUGCAAGUGGACAGGCUGGUGAGACUGCAGGAAGAGAGCUUUAGGAACAAAUCGACAUGCGCUUGUUCGUCGUCUCACGCAAAUCAAGUGUUUGGAUACUCCGCCAUAAAUUGUACGAAUACUUGCACGCAAUCAAGUAAUCAAGCUGUGAAGCAAAAUGCGGCACAAAGUCCAUCGGUUACAGAGAAUAAACCUCCGGAAAGCCUUGUUGGAGAUAAAGACAACAGUAAAUUGGAUGUAGCAUUAUUAGAACAGCAACCAAAGAAAGCCUUUAUGGAGCAAAAGGUUUCCAUUGGCGUUAUGACGAGUUUUGAAUUCACUGUGCAGAAUAAUCCUUUUCUAGUGGAUUCCGAGGUGUACAAGGAAAAAGAGACAUCCGCAGAAGAGAGCAACGAUAUUAACAGAAGAAGCGCGGUGAAUAUGCAUGAUACGUCGGAAUCGGUUAAGAGAUAUAAGAAUACAUUCACGCGCAAACCUGGGACGGCGCAAUUGGAGAACAUAGUCGAGGACACGGAAAGUUACUUGUCCUCCAGUCACCAGCAAAGCAGCAAUUUUAACGCGAGUUCGUCCGUGAGAGAUUCCGAGAGGCAUACUCCGAAACAACCAGAUUUAUACAACACGAACAAUACCUCAGAAUCUCCCAGGAUAUAUCGGCGUCUUAGUGCCGAUCCGAAUGAAGAGAAUAUGCGCGAAAGAGAGAUAUACAUGAAAAAAGGCGGCAACAUGGUCGAACAAGCGCAAAGUACGAGGAUAAUAACGAACACGUCUAGGGACGUAGGUAGCCCUAAGAAUGCAGAUUGCGAUAAGGCGUUUGUCGUCAACGAUGCACACAAUUAUACCGCGAUGGAUAAAGGAAGUAACAAUGAAAGGACGAACGUCAAUAGAUAUAAUUCGCAUAACGUCCACUUACCCGCAACAAAUUACUACCAAAGUCAUCGAAAUAAGGAGUCAGACGCUAAUGUUAAAGAAGCGAGAGAUGUAGGUGAUAGCGUGAUACUGAGCGGAGGUGAUCUUGAAAUAGUCGAGAGACCUCCACCGACUCCGGAACCAAGUAUUCACGUGAAUAUGCAGGAAUACCCGAGCGACGACGAGAGCGACAAACUCAAGUGCACUUCCAAGAUAGGUUGGACCUUUUACAACAAUGUUUUGGGACAAGUCAAUGCAAUUUUACAAAACUCCAGUGUUAUAGAGGAUAAGGAGCAUCGAGAGGCUAAAGCGACUCGCAGAGUCGAGCAGGAGGCAGAUGACACAGAAGCCAGGCCAGCAUUGAACACUGUUAAAGCAACUACUUUGGAACAACUUCGAAAGCUUGGGAUUAGCAUAACGGACAAUGAACACAGAGAGUCGAAUGGUAACAAUAAAACGUUGGACUUUGAUUCGUCUUAUUAUCCUCGCCUGGAUCGUCAAGCAAACAUGAUGCAUGCCACUAGUGUUGUGAAUGAAACCAAUACCAGUAUGCACAUGAAAGCAUUGGCAUUGAAAUAUUUAGGUGACGAUGAACUGACCGAUAUAGCAUUGCACAAACAAGGAUCAUCUUCCUUAAAACAUCUUAUGCUCAGCAAUAUGCAAGGGACCAACAUGUCGUUCGCUACAAUGCGCUAUUUAGAAAGAUAUCAAUUGUUGCCGGGCCGAAAUCAGGAUGUUCAAACAGAAAAUACUAGUCAGGUGUAUGCUGAAGUAGCAUCUAAACGUGAUUUUCAACCAACAACUGGAAAAAAGAAGCCUGCACUGCAUCAAUUUCCUUUUGUACAAACACCAGGAACCACAUUCUCGAUUUGCUUUAAUAAAAAAAAAUGUUUCGUCUUGUUUCAGGAAUUAUGCCGGAACAAUUGUUCACGACCUGUGGGCGAAUUUGAGCUUUAUCCGGAAAUAAACGAAGAAGCCGGCGCAAAUAUUAGUCUGCAUUGCAAGGGAACAAACACAUUGAUGAUCAAACACAAUCCCGGAAUCUAUGUUAUCGAACAGAGUGCUUCUAAUGACACUUGGAAUGCGACAACAGUGAGUGUCAACGGAUUGUCGACAUUUUUUAACUUGACGGCGAGCACGUUUUAUCGUUAUCGUUUGCACAGAGUAACACAGCGCGGAGUAUCGUUUGCCGAGACGUCCAAUUGGUUUUCAACUCAUGCAGUUGAUUAUCAGCCACGCGCAGUCGAGCAUAUCUCAUUGUUGAAGAUCGAAGUAGAAAGUAAAGAUGCUUGCAAACUACAAGCGGAAAUUGUUUUUAAGCCUGCUAAAGAUCGAAGCUGUAACUACAACAUAUUAUCUUGGUCAGGGGAACAUAACUUGAUCAAUUUUGAUGUAGAAAAGAUUUUAGAUUUUCGCUUCUUUCUCAGAAACUUACGAUAUAAUCAAAAUAAUACCGUGACAAUCGUAUCCGGUAACGAUGAUUUCUCCAAGAUCAGUAAUAAGACGACAUUCACUUUUUUCACACCAUCGUGCUUGGAAGUCCACACUAACUUGAGUAUCUGUGCGCCUGAAGUGGUGAAAGGCUUGCGAGUAGAGCAUAUUCAAAAACGCAAAGGAUCGUACGAUAUCAAAGUCAGUUGGAAUAAACCCGCUUUGCAGCCGGACAAUUACACGUUGCAAAUAGACUCGUUUCAAUUCGAACCGCGUUUGUUGGUUGUACCUGGAAAUGUAGUCGAAGCUCUCUUCUUAAAUGUCGAUGUGGGGCCGCGGUAUGACAUCGGUAUCGUGGCGGAGUCGGCGGGCGGUGUUAGUUUGCUGUCAAGUAUAUCAGAAAGUAUUGAUGAAGAGAUACCAGAACUGUCUCAUCGUGAGAUUAUUGUGGCAUUACCGACACUAAUAAUUAUCGUGGUGGUGUUCGGGGCAAUUUGUAUGCAACGUCGUAAUAAGAAGAAUAAGAAAACUAAUAUGAGAUAUGUGCAUUUCGAGGAUUUUACGGAUUCCCUGAAAAAGCCUUUGAAGCAAGAUUACGCAGUCGAGAAUGGCGAGACUCUUCUGUCGCGUGAUAAGUUUGAGAUCAGUCCACAACAGUUGAAGUUGAAAGAUGUAUUGGGCAGUGGAGCGUACGGUAUCGUCAGACUUGCUACCUUGCAGGAUGAAUUCGGUACUGUUACUGAUGUAGCUGUGAAAAUGAUGAAAGAUGAUCCAACAGUGGAGGAUAUAAAGAGUUUUCAUCAAGAGAUCUCAAUGAUGAAGUCAGCUGGUCAACAUCCGAAUAUAGUUUCUUUGAUUGGAUAUUGCACUUUGUACAAUAAACCUUUACUAGUGGUGGAAUAUUGCAGCAAAGGAGAUCUACAGACUUAUCUAAGAACGAUUUGGCAGAAUUUAGUAAAUGCCGUAUUCGAGCGUAGGACGCGACUGCAAUUCGUCCCAAUGACUUUUGUCAAUAAAGGCACAGAUCAAGGAAAAAGCGACCCCUACUGUAAAAAAGUACGCACAAUCGUCAAUCGCUUGUACGAUAUUCAACAAGACGUAAUAAAAUACACGGAAAACGUCACUUGUGCCGAUUUGUUAAAUUUUGCCAGGCAAGUGGCUACAGGAAUGGAAUUUUUAUCUUCUAAUCGGAUAGUGCAUCGUGAUUUGGCUGCUCGUAAUGUGUUAGUACGACCGGACAGAGUGGUGAAAAUUUCAGAUUUUGGUCUCAGUCGUGAUAUCUAUCAAGAGAACGUUUAUCGAAAGAAAGGAAAUGGUAAAUUACCAUUAAAGUGGAUGGCAAUCGAAGCUUUAACGCAUCAAAUAUACACUACUUACAGCGACGUAUGGGCCUUUGGCAUUCUGUUGUGGGAAAUCGUUACUUUAGGUGCGAUGCCGUAUCCCAGUACUCCUACAAAUAGAAUUCUGCAGCUUCUCAAGUCGGGAUACCGCAUGGAAAGACCACCAAACUGUGGCAGAGAAUUGUACAAUAUAAUGUAUUCGUGUUGGAAUCUUAGACCUCAAAGUAGACCUACUUUUACCGAACUGAAACAAAGCUUGGACAAAUUACUCAGUAAUUAUUCGGAAAACAAGUAUCUAAAUCUGUCCGAAGUUUUGCAAGAAUCAACCGAUGAAAGUAACGAACCAAGAUCAAUUAACGCGUGCUAAAUAGAAUUAAUACGUAGAACAACAAUAAUAGAGGCACAAAGUAGCGCAUUUUAUCAUCUAAAGAACUUGUACCGUGUGCAAAAUCGUUUAUUUUCUAACCAUACAUACAAUAAUCUGUGGUAUAAUUUCUUUCCUAUACAUAAGUGUGUAUAUACAGUAUGUUACUCACAAUCUUAAAAACUCAGAGAUAAAUACGUCAACUUAACUAUCUUAGCUCUUGGCUUUAGAUCAAUCAUUAACAAAAUGUCUAUACACAAUAUAACGCGAUAUAUGUAAAAUUGAUCACUCAUUCAAUAUAUGUUUUUUUUUGUCUUAUCCAUUUUGUGUUUCUUCUAGAAAAUACAAAACUGACGAGUGUGUCGCGCAUAGAUAAAAUACUAUUGAUUAUAUAUUACCUCGCAAUAUGAAACUUAGUUAAGUCUAACUUAGAGCACCUAAUGUAGAGAUUUUAAUUUUUAAUACAUAAACCACGCAAAUGUAAUCGUACACGUACGUUUUAUGUAAACGCACAUAUCAUCGCAAAAACGUUUCCCUUCGUAACUUGGUACUUGAAACAACUCGUCAAUCUUAAAAAAUGCAAAGUAUAUAAUUUUACAUGGCAAGGAAAGAGUACUGUAUUUUGUAGCGUCAUAUUUGUAGCAUGUAAAAUCUUUCGAUGUCAUCUCAGUGUUCUUUUUAUUAAUGUAAUAGAUAUACUAGCGAUUGAAUACUAGCAAUUGAUAUGAAAAAGAGACACCACCCAAGCAACACAAACAUUGAAAUACAAAGACGUUUAAAACGUGUUCUAAUAUUUUCUUUUUUUUAAGUUUCCUCAGACUUUUAAACAUCUUUUGGUCUUUUGUGCUGUUUGGACGCCUACAAAUAGAUACUGCUUCACUGAAAAGUCCCUUCUGUAGUAUCACCAGAUGUUAUCACUCUUUGUACAAUUUGAGAUUUUCUGAUAAUUAUGUAAAAUGUAUAAUUAAUGAAAAUAUGCAAUAUUUCUUUAAAACAAUAGAAAUACAAACUUAGAAAUAUUCCUCGAAAAAAAA